GCUAUCAGUUGGCCUUUGGGUAAUAAUGAGUAAGCAGAUCAGUGAGGAAAAACUCCGGGAAUACUAUGAAGUGUCCCUGGAUUUGGUGCGAAAGUGCGGCCCCCUCUUCAUGGAGGGUUUCCAGAAACCGAAACUGGAGUUUGAGACAAAGUCUGCCAUCUAUGACCAGGUCACCUACUACGACAAGCAGAUCGAACAUGUUUUAUCGGAGGGCUUGCUCAAGGCCUUUCCGGAAUCGAAAAUAAUCGGAGAGGAAGGUCUGGCCGAAGCACAUUUGAAAGCAGAACUGACGGAUGAUCCCACCUGGAUUAUAGAUCCCAUUGAUGGCACCAACAACUACAUCCGUAAGAUCCCCCACUGCUGCAUCUCGGUGGGUCUGACCAUCAACAAGCAACUGGUGGCCGGAAUAAUCUACAAUCCGGCCCAGAACGAGUUGUACUCUGCUUGGCAAGGGCAUGGAGCUUUUCUAAAUGGCCAGCCAAUCCACACCAACGACAUCAAGGCGAUCAAUGAAGCAGUGGUGGGUUUGGAGAUCUCCCUCAUAGUUUUCCCCAAGCGGAGGGAUAGCAAGCUGAAGCGAUUCUACAAACUGACUUCGCAGGCUAAUGGUUCCCGCAGCUUCGGAUGCGCAGCCCUGACGCUCUGCUAUGUGGCCGUCGGCCAGUGUGAUGUCUAUCAUGUGGAGCACUUGAAGCCCUGGGAUCUGGCAGCUGGAGUGGCCAUUCUCAGGGAAGCCGGGGGUACAGUCGUCCACACCAGCGGGGGAACCUUUGAUGUAAUGCACCCGGAUUGCGUUGGUGCCAGCACCGAGGAGUUGGCGAAGAGUGUGGUUCAGAUAGUUAAAGAGGCUGACCAGCUAUCGUUUUUCACUUUCGAGUAGUUAAGACCUUGAUGAAGAUGAAAGAUUAACAAAUGUGAUGAAAUAAACAAUGGAACAGGGCGCCUAUCUGGCCACAAUAGGACCCAAGUCCAUUAUCCCCAACAAUAUGAAGUUGCAGCCCAAAAAAUACAAUUCAUCUGGCUGAUGGAAACUGGUUUAACAA